AUGCGUGUGCGCGUGUGUGUGUGUGCGUGUUUUUGUGUUAAUGCGUGUGCGCAAGAGAAAAGAGAGAGCGAGGGUGAACGCGUGUGUCCAGCGUUGUCUCUCCCCUCAACCGAAGAUGGCGGUGUCCGUGUUCCCCGGCGUGCGGCUCCUUUCUAUCGGAGACGCCAACGGAGAUAUACAGCGACAUUCGGAGCAACAGCCUCUCCGGUUGGAGGUGAAAACCACGCAGGAUGCGGCCCUGGUUAACCUCACUAACGCCGAAGAGACGUGUGUGUUUAAGUGCUCAGUGUCGAAGGAGACGGAGUGCAGCCGCGUGGGAAAGCAGUCCUUCAUCAUCACCCUGGGCUGCAACAGCGUCCUGCUGCAGUUCUCCUCUCCUACAGAUUUCUCCUCCUUCUACAACAUCCUGAAGAACUGCCGGGGACACAAUGGCGAGCGGUCGGCCUUCAGCGAGCGGACGGAGGAGUCCUCCGCUGUGCAGUACUUCCAGUUCUACGGCUACCUCUCCCAGCAGCAGAACAUGAUGCAGGACUACGUUCGGACCGGGACCUACCAGCGGGCCAUCCUUCAGAACCACGUUGACUUCAAGGACAAGGUGGUGCUGGACGUUGGCUGCGGGUCCGGGAUCCUCUCCUUCUUCGCGGUUCAAGCUGGAGCUCGGAAGGUGUACGCUGUGGAGGCCAGUACCAUGGCACAGCAUGCAGAGGUCCUGGUGAACAGUAACGGGCUCACGGACCGGGUGGUGGUGAUCCCGGGGAAGGUGGAGGAGGUGACUCUGCCCGAGCAGGUGGACAUCAUCAUCUCCGAGCCCAUGGGCUACAUGCUGUUUAACGAGCGCAUGCUGGAGAGCUACCUGCACGCCAAGAAGUUCCUGAAGCCCAGCGGUAACCUGUUCCCCACCAUUGGGGAUGUUCACCUGGCCCCCUUCACUGAUGAGCAGCUGUACAUGGAGCAGUUCACCAAGGCCAACUUCUGGUACCAGCCUUCCUUCCACGGCGUGGACCUCUCCGCUCUGCGAGGAGCCGCUGUGGACGAGUAUUUCCGCCAGCCAAUCGUGGACACCUUUGAUAUCCGCAUCCUGAUGGCCAAGUCGGUCAAGUACACGGUCAACUUCCUGGAGGCCAAAGAGGAGUCCCUGUACAGGAUAGAGAUCCCGUUCAAGUUCCACAUGGUGCAGUCCGGCCUGGUGCACGGUCUGGCCUUCUGGUUCGACGUCGCCUUCAUCGGCUCGGCGACGACCGUGUGGCUGUCCACAGCGCCCACAGAGCCCCUGACCCACUGGUACCAGGUCCGCUGUUUGCUGCAGUCGCCCCUCUUCGCCAAGGCGGGGGACACGCUGACAGGAACAGCCCUGCUCAUCGCCAACAAGAGGCAGAGUUACGACAUCAGUAUUGUUGCUCAAGUUGACCAGACCGGAUCCAAGUCCACCAAUCUCUUGGAUCUGAAGAACCCCUUUUUCAGGUACACGGGGGCCACCCCAGCUCCUCCCCCCGGGUCACACUACACCUCCCCCUCUGAGAGCAUGUGGAACACCGGGGGGUCUUACAACAUGAAUCAGCCUAUGUCAGGGAUGCCUGCGGCCUAUGACCUCAGCACGGUCAUCAGUGGCGGCUCUGGAGCUUCUCACAACAACCUCAUCCCCCUGGUGAACACAGGGAUUGUGAAUCACACUCCCUCCAGAGUGGGCUCAAUCAUGAGCACAGGAAUAGUCCAGGGAGCCACUGCUGGCCAAUCAGGACACGGCGGCAGCAGCAGCAGCACCUAUUACCCUGCAAAUAGCCAGUUCAGUAUGGGGGGCCCUGCCUUCUCCAUGGCUUCCCCAAUGUCUGUGCCCAGCAACACCAUGCACUACGGGAGCUAAGGCCUCUAGGCCAUCCACAGCCAGAACGAGCAAACCAAAACCAGAACUGCCAUUUUCCGUUUCUCUCCUGCACACCCCCCUCCCCUUGCUCUGACCUCACCUCCAUGCACCCAAACCCAUUUCAUCUUUCCAGUCCUACUUUGAUGUGCCACUGAUUUUGCUGCAGUCUGUGCACUUCCAGUCUGGCCGCUAGGUGGCAGCGCUGUUCAACAGAUUAUGUUGGAGGGCUGGCUCAUUUACAUUGUUUUUAAAUGCUUUACGCACACACGCACACACACACACACACACUAGAUACACCAAAAGGACUUUGUCUUGCUCUAGAUCCUGGGUAGAAGAAACCGCUGAUUCCUCCUCCCCAACACCCCUGCAGUCACCCUCCCUCUCCUCUUCCUUGAACUCUGUCCUUCCCCCCUUGCGGGAGCGAUAUCAUCCAAGCAUAUCUUUCUAACUGCACCUCUGGACUCACCAUUUACACUGAUCAGCGGGGGUUCUUCUGGGUUUUACUUGUUUCUAUCGUGUUCUUUUUUUCUUUUUCAUGCCAAUCUUGGUUUUAUAAGCACCGGCCAUCCUGACGGAGAUAUUUCGACUUUCAAAGUUGCAUCUCGCCGGCAUGUGUGUCACUGCCAUCUUACCAGAACUGUACAGGAGCUGCACCAGAGCUCGGUUGGUCCAAGCUCUGUCCAAGACCCCAACGCCACCCCCCCUGGCCUCCACCCCCACCUCCACCAUAGGAACCGCCUGACCAAUGGACUGGUCAGCCAAUGACCUUUGACUGUGUCGACAGAAGGGCUCCUGAGCCAAUCACUCUGAAGAUGUGUAAGAAUGGCUGUGAAUGCUGCAGGAAGGGCGGAGCUUGGAUAGGAAACUUUCGUCUGUGAGCAGGGGAGCCGUUCGCAUCAGCAGUGUAUUUGUUUACACCCCCACCCCGCCCCCACCCCACUCGCCCUGCGUCUCUAGGUGUUUGGGAUUGUGAAACUGGUGUGUGUUGGCCCCGGAUUGGAGAGGAGGGCCAGUGAACUCCCGUCACCCAAACCCCCUCACCUCCCCAGCCUUGCCCCACCCCCUUA